AAGUUCCGUUUUGAUUCGGUAAUUUCCGCUUACUCUCCUUCCUGUGUUGAUCUCCGUCCCCAGUAAAGACACUCGGAGGCCAUUAUCUCGCUUUCAUACCUUGAAGAAAAAUAAAUCGUUUUUUAUAAAUCAAUUAUUUAUUCGUGCAAGUUGACCAAGCGCUCGUUGGAAACCUGCACCUUUACGAAUCGUGAGGCACGCGCACCUCGCCUCGACAGUCCUUCGGAUAAUUUCGGCUGCUUUCGUGCGCCGCUGUUUUGAAAUGGACACGAAUGAACCGGCGGCGAAGGCGCUCGAGCUGGGCGACGCGUCCGCGGGAGAGACGGUAGGUUCGGAUACCGAGUCGGAGGCCGAAGUCGCCACGAUGACUGUGAUGGGAGAAGCGGGAAACAUCGACAUCACCGAAUCCCUACCGAACCCAGAAGAUGCCGAAGCGGCGUUCGCGGAGGUGACAGCCGUCACUGUUGGGGACGUCCAGGGUUCAGAUGGCUCUGUGUUCACGUCUACAGUAGCCACAGCAGCGUCCAUCCCUGAACACGUGCUCACGGGCAGAACCACGCUUCAGAUCGGAGACAGUCUGAGUACCCAGAAGGCCACGCUGAUCGUGGUGCACACGGAUGGGAGCCUCGUAGACGCCACAGGACUGAAAGCCACCUCAACACCUAUGACUCCUGGUCCUCAAACCCCGAGCACCCCUCUGACGUCUGGGCAUGAGAAGGACGUCUCUAAGUACAACUGGGAUCCGUCGGUUUAUGACAACGAGCUCCCGGUGCGCUGCAGGAACACCAGCGGGAUCCUGUACAAAAGCAGACUGGGCUCAGGGGGGAAAGGGCGCUGUAUCAAACACAACAAUAGCUGGUACACCCCGACAGAGUUCGAGGGUAUGUCAGGAAGAGCGAGCAGCAAAGACUGGAAGAGAAGCAUCCGCUACGCCGGCCGACCUCUACAGUGUCUGAUCCAGGAGCGUAUCCUGAAUCCUCACGCAGCGUCCUGUACGUGUGCGGCCUGCUGUGAUGAUCUGUCAACAUGUAUGAAGGAGGGAUCUUUCGAAGGAGAGAACAUCUCAAUGACGGGCCCCGUCAGACUGUUCGUCCCCUACAAGAGAAGGAAGAAGGACAGCGAGCGCGCAGCUUCUCCGGAGAAGAGAGAAGCUCAGUCUCCGAAGAACAUCACCCUGGCUCCUGGAGCAACAUUUACGAUGACCCCGUCUGGACAGAUCACCACAUCAGGCACGCUGACCUUUGACCGAGCGGUGUCAGGAGAGACGGCGUCCAUCAUCUCGGACAGCCCUGCGCCCGCAGACGUCUUCUCCAACACAACCGUGCUGGCCAGUCUUCCUGCGCUGACCGUGGUCUCUCCGCAGCCCAAACCCUCUCCAUCAGGACCGCUCAUGAACGCGCUGGAGAUGGCCGAGCAGCGGACCUGGCUUUACCUGGAAGACAUGGCUAAUACACUGCUCAACAACGUCCAGCAGCUCAAAGUCCUCAUCGCACAGGCCAAACAAGCCGGUCAGAGCGGAGCGCAUGUCAGGAAAGAGUCCUUUCAGAGUCAGCUGUCACUCAGUGAAGAACCUGAGGGGAAAAUCACUGAAAUCAUCAUUAAGCACACGUGUGUGAACUGCGGCCGAGAGGCGUCCAGUGAGUGUACAGGCUGCCAUAAAGUCCAUUACUGCUCGGGCUUCUGUCAGCGGAGGGACUGGAAGGAACAUCAGCUGAUCUGCGGUCCACAAGGCACAAGCGUCAGCAUCCAGGAGGACGCUCAGAUGCUCGGUGUGGAGCUGGAGAAAGGGAAAGCCUAGCGUUUUAUACAGUAUGAAGUUUAGAUGCUUGCUUCCGCUCAUGUGUUUUAGUUUAGCUCUAAAGCCUCAUAGUAACAGCGCCCUCACACACAGGGAGAUAUAAAGCAUACACGGAUGCAUCUGUACCAUUGGAACGGUUUCACCAUCUCACUAUGGGUUUUAUAUGUGAAAUAGUCCUUAAAGGGAAAGUUCACCAAAAAUCACUUCCCCACACUUAUGUUUUUCCGAACCAUGCUCAUGAUUUCCAUUAAAUUAUGAUAUAAAUAACCAGUUUUUAAGCUUUUAAAUGUGGAGGGGGAAGGGGGGUGUAAUUCACAUGAUCGGAGAUUUAAGAUAUUCACUGUGUGGUAGCGAUCAAAUCUAUGAAAGCUUGUUUCCGCCACGGGAAAUAUAACAGGGAGUUUAGUCUUUUUAUCUCACAGUUCUGUGGAAAAAUUCAGAGCUGUGAGAUAUACAUUUGCAAAUGCGAGAAAAAAAAUCUAAACUAAAGUCACAUUUGCCUUUCCUAUUUUUAACAAAAACUUAUCGUGAGACGGAAAAUCAGAAUUGAGCGAGAAAUGGUCCGAAUUCAGAAAAUUGCAUUUCUGACUAUUUUUCUCAUAUAUCCAUUUUUUUCUUUAAAUAAAUGGGUUUUAUGUGUAAUUAAUAAAAAUGUAUAAUUGUGACUUGUUAUCUCACAUUUCUUACUUUUUCCUUGCAAUUCUGAGUUUACAUCCAAAUUCUGAGAAAAAAAAGAAAAAUUGUGAGAUAAACUUACAGAAAUGUGAGGUUAAAAGUUGCAGUUAUAAUGUUUAAUUGCAUGGUUAAAAUAAAAUGAGAGAGAUGUGAAGUCAGCAUUGUGAGAAAAAAGUCAGAAUUCAGACUUUUUUCGCCAAAAAUGUCUGAAUCUGAGAUAAAGUCUCAAUUACCUUUUUUUUUUUACCUCUUUUUUAAACCCAUGGAAAAAAAGCUUCCAUAUAAAUCUCAGCAGAGCAGCUCAAAACAUUAUUUCGUCUCCUACAGGAGAAACUUCACUGAAGUUGAGUAAAUGAUGACAGAAGUGUUAUUCAUUUAAUUGGACAAUAAUACAGUAUAAUUUCAGGAACAAAUUCUGAUGAAGAAUUGCGUUAUAUGUUAUUAUACAUUAAUAGUGUUUUCAAAACCAAAAUAAAAGGGAAAAUCAA